UGGAAGUGCAGAAAGGGAAUUCCUUCUAUGAUUUUCAGUUCAAUACCAGGCUUGUCAAAUCAACAAUUGUGCAUUUUCAGGCCUUCUAUUUCUCUCUUUAAAGCAGGUGGAAAGUGAGCAGCUUGGGAGGACGUAAUUUUAUGGUAUGAUAGGAAAACAUCUGACCACAUUUGAGAGGGCUCUAAAAAUAUCUGCUAUUAGUUAUUAUUGAUUUUGUCUUGUCAAGAGGAGCCUUGCCUCAUGAUGUUUGGCGGUAUAUUUCUAGGACUAGGAUCUUGUCCAUAGAAUAUUAGAAUAGUUAUCUUUCGUUGCUGUUUACCUUAAUUUUUUUUUCCUACUUUGAGCACCCGAUUACUGCUCUAAAUAUUGUUUCAUUCAGCAUUCAUUUAAAGUCAGUCUUAUUUCAUGGAACCAUGUUUUUUUAUAUAUUGUUUCAGUCUAUGUCUUAAGAUCUUCCAUAAAUAAAAUUCAUGUCAUUCACAGGUAAGAUAAAUAGGAUUGCAGAUACUUACCAGUGCAGAAUUAAGCAAUAGACUAAUAGUGAAUCAUUGUGGAAUUAUAUCUAGUAUUGACAUUUGAGGAAUUAUAAAGUCAAGUACAAACAUAUAUUGCAUACAAAUUUGGUUUAAUAACAAUCAUAUAUACCAACACAAGAAUAAACAUAUUGCAUUGCAUACAAACAUGGUUCAAUAACAAUCAUAUGUACUAACACAGUAACUUAACACCACAAGUAUUCUGACAUAGUAUACCCACCCUACCAUUCUAACAUUUAGAGUAAUUGUUAUUCUUGGUCAUUCUUCAAUGUUAGAAUGUGGUGCUUGAUUUGUCUAGAGUGAUAUCAGUGUCUUAUUUUAUGAUCAUAUUAUGUUGCCUAGUCGGGUGUUGAUAUUGAUGUGUUAUCAAUGUGUCUUGUUUUUGAAGCUGAGGAAUCUGUUGUGGGCAACAUCAAAGCAUGAUGUAUACCUAAUGCAAAACUACUCCGUGAUGCAUUGGUCCUCAUUACUAAGAAGGGGUAAAGAAGUGCUAAAUGUGGCCAAACCAAUUAUUCCAACCCUUCAGAAGCAUUCUGGAUUAGUUCACCCUGUAUCACGAGUGCAAAUUAGUACCAUGACAGUUAAGGAAAACCUGAUGGUGGCAGGUGGUUUUCAUGGCGAGCUUAUUUGCAAGAAUUUGAAUCAAUCCGGAGUCGCAUUCUGCAGUAAAAUAAGUACAGAUGAUAAUGCUAUAACCAAUGCAGUGGAUGUUUUCCGCAAUCCCAGUGGGUCGUUGAGGGUCAUCGCAGCAAAUAAUGAUUCCCAAGUUCGGGUUUUGGAUGCAGAGAAUUUUGCUUCUCUUGGUUGUUUUAAGUAUGAUUGGUCUGUUAAUAAUGCUUCUGUUAGUCCGGAUGGAAAGUUGUUGGCUGUUCUCGGGGACAGUACUGAGGGCUUGAUAGCUGAUGCUAAUACUGGGAAGGUCACUGGAAACCUAAAAGGGCACUUGGACUAUUCUUUCGCAUCUGCAUGGCACCCAAAUGGACAAAUAUUGGCUACUGGAAAUCAGGACACAACAUGCAGAUUGUGGGACAUAAGAAACCUUUCACAGUCCAUAGCAGUACUAAAGGGAAGAAUGGGUGCAAUAAGGGCCUUAAGGUUCACAUCCGACGGACGGUUUUUGGCCAUGGCUGAGCCAGCAGACUUUGUCCAUAUUUUUGAUUCACAAUCUGGUUAUACACAAAGUCAAGAGAUAGAUAUAUUUGGCGAAAUUGCUGGUGUAUCUUUUAGCCCUGACACAGAGGCUCUGUUUGUUGGUGUUGCUGAUCAAACAUACGGUAGCUUGUUAGAGUUCACCAGAAAACAUUAUUAUCAGUAUCUAGACUGUAUGAUUUAAUCGAGCCGAAUGCCUUAUAGAUGUACAUAGAUGUGAUCCAUGUGCAUAUCUACUGGGAGAUUUCUAAAAUAGGUUUAAAAUUUGCAUUUGCAAGAUGUUUUUUCAAAUGUUAUUUUGCCUUUGAACAUGAUGAUGCUGUAAAUAGCAAAUUUUGCUCUUAAGAGCUUAUUUAGCUAAGGCUUUUUUCUUUUUGUUAGAGGUUUAAUUGAAUAGUUGAUAAAUUUUGCCUCCUUUCUUGCCA